AUGCGCCCUUUCCUCAACAUCUCGAGGACACUAUGCGGCCUGCCCGAGGCAGACCAUCGCAACGAGGCGAAGGUGACGAGUCUCGCCAUGUUCGGCGUCGCGACCGUCUUCUUCGCAUGCCGGCUUGCCGUCAAGGUCCUCCGGUUCUCUUCAUGGGGAUUCGAUGAUAGUUUGAUGGUCAUCGCAUAUGCCUUCUUGAUCCCAUUCAUAGUAUUGAUCCAAUACAUGAUUCCUCAGGGACUUGGUCUCGACAUCUGGGCCCUCAACGAAAACCAAAUCACUUCUUUUCUAAGGCUUCUUCUGGCCGUACAAACUCAUUACAUUUUCAUUCUGGCAAUCAUCAAAGCCUCCAUUCUCUACUUUUUCCUUAGAAUCUUCCCGGACAAGUGGUUCAGGAGGGCUGUCUGGGUGACACUGGCCUACGAUCUCUUCGUCGGCUUCAUCUUUAUCGUCCUCAGUUUCGUCCAGAGACAGCCUACAUGGCUCAUCUGGGAGGGCUGGCGCGACAAGGAUCCCCGCGGUGUCGUCCUCGAUCUCAACAAACUGGGUCUGGCCCACGGCGGCAUGAACAUUGCGCUUGACGUGUGGAUGCUCGUACUGCCCCUGACACAGCUUUACAAGUUGAACCUCAAACUGAGAAAGAAGCUUGGCAUCAUGGCCAUGUUCUGCGUUGGCAUCUUUCUCACUGUCGUCAGCAUCAUUCGUGUCAACAGCUUGGUGUACUUCGCGACGUCAUCCAACGCCACUGCUGACGCGCGCGGAACUAUCAUCUGGUCCUGCAUCGAGCUGUGCACUGGAGUAGUCGUCUCCUGCAUGCCUAACGCACGACAGCUCUUGCGAGAGGGCACUCGCCAGUUCAGAGAUGUCACCACCAACCUGACAGGCAGAUCUGGAACAGGCGACUCGUCACGUCGCAGAUCUCACAGAGUGCUCCAGGAUCGAUCACUCGAGUUGCGAGUUGCAGUCAACUCGCCUAGUGCUACGACGGCAUUGGCUGACAAGAGCGUAUGCAGCAGCGCGACCACGCCAAACACAAGUCAUGCUGCCUCAAGUUUUGCAAGCGAGACAGAUUUCAAGGUGUAA